AGCGCUUCCCCUCAGCGCUUCCCCUCAGCGCUCACUCACCGCGCCCUCAGAGCUCCCUCAGCGAUCCCUCAGCGAUCCCUCACGCGCUCUCGCUCCGCACAGCGCCCCGAGCCCAUGACUCUGAACCGCGGGGACAAGCGGAGGGGCAGCACGCCGUUCGCGGCCCAGCAGCACCUGCACCGCCGCAGCAUGCCCGUGGACGAGCGCGACCUGCGGCCGCUGCCGCCCGGAGAGCUGUCGGGCAUGGUGCGCUGCACCUCGUACAGCCCCGGCGGGCAGCACCGCCAGAGCUGGGCCUCCGACUCCUCCGACUCCGUCAUCUCCUCGGGCAGCGACUCGGACGGCGGCCUCUACAAGGUGAUCCUGCUGGGCGAGCACGGCGUGGGCAAGACCAGCCUGGCGCGCAUCUUCGGCGGCGUGGAGGAGUGCGCGGACGCCGAGGAGGCCGGAAAUACAUACGACAGAUCAAUUAUAGUUGAUGGAGAAGAAGCGUCUCUCGUGGUGUUUGAUAUAUGGGAGCAGGAUGACAGUCAAUGGCUCCAGAACCACUGCAUGAAGAUGGGAGAUGCCUAUAUUAUUGUAUACUCAGUGACAGACAAAGUUAGUUUUGAAAAGGCUUCUGAGCUAAGAAUCCAGCUGAGAAGAGCAAGGCAGACAGAGGACAUCCCUAUUAUCCUUGUGGGAAAUAAAAGUGACCUGGUCAGGUCCCGGGAGGUCUCAGUUGAUGAGGGCAGGGCCUGUGCUGUGGUGUUUGACUGCAAGUUCAUCGAGACCUCAGCUGCUCUGCACCACAAUGUGAAGGAUCUGUUCGAGGGCAUCGUGCGGCAGAUCCGGCUGCGCAAGGACAGCAAGGAGGACAACGCCCGCAGGAUGGCCAACACCAAGAGGAGGGAGAGCAUCAGCAAAAAGGCCAAGAGAUUCCUUGGCAGAAUUGUGGCAAAGAACAACAAGAAGAUGGCUUUCAAAGCAAAAUCAAAGUCUUGCCAUGACUUGUCUGUGCUAUAGGAGCUUUCAGCAGGGGCGGGUGAUGAACAAGCCCCUGGCUCCUCACAAGUGUGCCGAGGAUCCUCGUGCUGGGAACAGCCAGGACUUCUCCACUGAGACUCUCGUUCAUGCCUUAAGGUGCUCAAGCAAGUCUGGAAGUUACACUACAGCGCUCCAUUGAUAAAUGGUUUAAGUUUCAGUGUGUGCAAGUAAAUGAACUAACUUGAAAUAUGAGGCUUGACAUGCCCACUGUGUACAUAUGUUCUUUAUCUUCUUGUCUUGUGGAUACCAGAGAUGCAAAGAUAAGAAAGGAUAAUUAUCACCAUAGACUUGUCUCGUUUGCAGAGCAAAACUUAAACUUGUACGCAGGCUCGUACGCUCUUUUUAGUAUAAAGCAAGCAGUGAUAAAUCUUUUUAAACUCAAAUGUGGGGAGGGGGGAGUAGAACCACAGUAGAAUGGGAGAAAACAAAUUAUAUAUAUAUUUAAAUACAGAACAGAUAUCAUUUUAUGAAAUUAAUUUGCACUUCCAUUAACUGUUAUUCAAUUAAUUGGUUACUUGUUUACAUGCAGAUUUUAUAAUAAAAUAUUAUUUCCUGUUAUAAUAAACUGUG